AUGCAAUCCCACACGACAAGUCUUUCGAGCCAGUACCACAUCGUCCACGGCGUCUGGCGCCACGACUACGAAAUCACCGGGUCGCACGCCUUUCACGUGGACAACUCAAGUCUUCGACCGGGAAAACCAGAUCUGACGUUCCACGCCGGCCCGGAUACUAAUGCACCCGUGGCGGGGGUUUGUAAAUUCCGACACUUUUCAUCCGACACCGAGAUUGCUCUGGGUGACCCGACAACGCCUGGGGUCAGCUGGGAGCGCAUGAGCCGCGAAAGCCUCCGCAAAGUGAAAUACGCUUUCUGCAUGAACUUUGACGGCCGGCAACGCCGCUUCACCUGGAAGAAGACUAGCUCGCUCGGAGGCAGCCACUCUGGCAAUUUGAAACUGGUCGAAGAGCCGAGCGGGAACGUGGUGGCCAUUUUCUCGUCGGGCGGCUCGUUCUCCAAGAAAACCGGACAGCUGGACGUUCAUGCAGACUACGGUGAACGAUUCUCGGUCAUGGUCCUGAUCACGGGCAUUGCGUUGCGCGAGAAACUGAGACGGGCCAGCAAAAAUGGCGCGGCCGCUGGUGCUGGCGGUGCGGGCGGUGCGGGUGGGGGUUGCUAA